GUAAAAAGUGGCCAUUCCGUAAUCAUAUUCCCCAGAAAUCCAAUUGCUAUAGAUUUGGUUAUAGUCAAAGAGAAAAUAUUUCUUGAGAAGAUUUGCAAAUAUUUCUCUAUGAUCUUGGUACAGAUGUUGUAUAAAAUGUUUCUUCCCAUUAAAAAUGCUUGGAUAACUCCAAUCGCAAAACUCACAAUGAAUUCCGGAAGCGAAAUUAAUCCUGGGCAUUGUGGAAUUAAUCCUGGGCGUUGUGGAAUUAAUUCUGGGUGUCGUGGAAUUUGUAGUUACCACA